AUGUCUGUGUACAAGACUAUUCUUCUCUCCACUCUCCUGGCCGUCACCGAGGCCCGCUUCGGUCAGGAGCAGAUCCCCGUGUCUGCCGUCAGCUCCCUCGGUGCUCAGGGUUUCGGUGACCCCGGUGUCGCCGAGACCAUUGCCGGUAGUAUCCCUGGUUCUCUCCUUGCUGCUGCCAGCCCUUGUGACAAGCUCUCCAUUGCCGACCAGAUGCUCGACCAGCUCGGUACCGACCAGGCCGUCAUCGAUGCUGCCAUCGGUCUCGUCUCGGCCGAGACCAACUUCAACCCCUUCGCCGUCGACAAGCCCUUCGUCUGCGCCGACGCCACCCUCCCGACCCACGCCGAGCUCCGCGGCAUCACGCCCCUGGUCGACCCCGCCGUCGGCGGCUCCGACGUGGCCAACAGGCUCUCCGAGGAGUCUCAGGCCACCCCCUUUGACGCCACCGGCCUCUCCCAGGGCGAGGUCCUGAUCCAGAACGGCUUCACCAACUUCACCGCCCAGGACGCCUCCGGCACCAACACCGUCCUCGCCGGUCAGGAUGGCAGCGGCGACGCCACGGAUACCACCGGCGACGAUGCCGGCGAUGAUGCCGGCGCUACUGCCUCCGCCACCGCCACCGCCAUCGCCUCCGCCUCCGCCACCGCCAUCGUCACCAAGACGAAGGACAGCUGCAAGGCCAAGGCCACCGCCACCGCUACCGCCUCCGCCUCCGCCACCGCCAGCGCCAGCCCCGCCGCCGGAACUGGAAACGCCGGAACGGGUAAUGCCGACUUCGGCAAGUGCACGCCCACCAUGGCCCGCGUCGGCGGUCUCAACGGCCGCCCGGCCGACGAGUUCACCUUCAUCCCCCAGGAUCCCCUCGUCGCCGAGGGUCAGCAGGAGGCCCUCAACCCCAACAUCAUCACCAACCGCAUCUGCGACCAGCUCAUCAACGUCUGCGAGGCCUCCGACACCGCUCACACCGAGUGCCUCGACGCAAAGGCCCAGAUCGAGGCCCUCGGCACCAGGGACCAGACUACCGCCGACACCUGGAACAAGCUUCUCGGCUUCGACAAUGUCGACUCUACCGUUGCUACUCUCUAG